CAGCUGGUGUGACCCAGAGUCAAGCAAGAAGCCACAGAAGGAAGGCUUCUCACAAAAUCAGACCGAGGAGGAAGUGGAGGGAUGACUGAGGACUUGGAGGAGCAGGAAGACGAGCUGCUCGCUCUCCAGAGUAUCUUUGAUGCGGACGAGUUUGUUCGGGACGAGUCGAAGUCUGCCGGAGAAAUCCGAGUAUGUGUCGAGCUUCCUGUCGGCUUCAGCGUGGCUCUCAGAGAGGGUGAAAGUCUGCGUCAGUAUGAUAUUUCCUUCCUUCCACCGCUGCUUUUGAACUUUGGGCUUCCUGAAGACUACCCCUCCUCCUCCCCUCCCUCCUUCAGCCUCACCUGCAGCUGGCUGACUCACACACAGUUGGCUGCACUGCGUGCUCAUCUUGCUGAUCUCUAUGAGGCCACUGGGGGAGCUGUGGUGCUCUUCUCCUGGGUGCAGUUUCUCAGAGAAGAUGCUCUGAGGUUCCUGAACAUCCACAGUAAGCUGGAUCUUCCUCCUGAUGAACGCAGCACCCUGCAUUAUAACCAGGACCAACAAAAUGCUGAACUCUCAGAACCAAAGAACAAUUCAGAGCCAGAGUUCUCUGUACCAUCCUCGGAAGUUCAGGAGAAUCCUUCAGACGGGAGCAGCGCAGACUCUCAGGGAGCUUCGGCUUUAGACUCCUGCAAGCAUGACCAGAAUGAUCUGAACUCUCACCAGAGCCAGAGUGAUCUAACCUCAGAUUAUCAAAGAGCUCUUUCUCCAGAGCCUGCACUCCAAAACCAAACCACACACACUCCAGAUGUGACAAUCCUCCAAGCCUCAGAGUUUAAUGUUGAUCUCCAGGAUGAUCUUUCUUCAUCUGCAGAGAAAUCCAAGCAUCAUCAAAGUGUCCGGGAAGAUUUCUUAAAUGAAGGAGAUGCUUCUCUCUCAUCGCUGCUUCCCUCCACCUCCUCAGGCACGUUAGAUCCAAGUGAACUUGGAGCUGCUUCUCUGCCGGUCCAGCCCACAGAUUCUCCUCAGAGUGAAGAGCAAACCCUCUCUGGUCUCUUUUUAUCUCCAUCACAGACUCUGCUGUCCCACAUUUUGAUCUAUGAUGCGGCCCAGAAACACAAAGUGUUUGCCACCACUUUCUUUGACUGCGGGGUUUGUUUUAUGGGCCGGCUCGGGUCCGAGUGCGUGAAGCUGUCACCGUGUGGCCACGUCUUCUGCCGGGCCUGUCUCUGCGAGUUCUGUACGGUUCAGAUCACAGAGGGGAACGUCCGGGGUGUCACCUGUCCUCAGGCAGACUGCGCUGGUGCCCCUACACCUGCACAGGUGCAGAGUCUGGUAGGGGAGAAGCUGUUUGACCGCUAUGACCGUCUCCUGCUGCAGAAGACUCUGGACAGCAUGUCUGAUGUGACGUACUGCCCUCGAACAUCCUGCGGCUCUGCCGUGAUUUUGGAGAAAUCCAGCAAGGCAGCACUUUGCUCUGAGUGCGGCUUUGCCUUCUGCGUCAUAUGCAGAAAAACAUACCAUGGAACGGGGAAGUGUGAGACCAAGAAAAAAUAUGCUGAAAGAUAUAUAAUAGACCUGCCACAGUCACAAGAGGGGGUGAAGGCUCUCUGGGAGGACUAUGCCAGUGGCAGCAGGGAGAGGAAGCGCCUGCUGGAAAAUAGAUAUGGCUGCAAUUUACUGGUGUCCAUUGCAGAAAAAAAACUAAGCGACAACUGGAUUGCCAACAAUACCAAGAGUUGUCCUGAAUGCUUCACUAGAAUAGAGAAGGAUGGAGGGUGUGACCAGAUGUUGUGCACUCGCUGUAAGAAGAUUUUCUGGUGGGACUGACUGACUCCAGAAAACACAACCGAACAGUUUUAUGGGGGUCAAUGUUCUUCCAACUAAUUCUAAGAAUCAGCACCACAUACUGUCUCAUAAUCAGCAGGGGGCAACAAAAACAACAAUGACAGGAAGGAAUAACCAAACCGUUGGUUCCUUAGAAAACCCAAAGUGCUGUAAAUUAACAAAAAUUGCCCUCUUUGGCUGUUUUAUUUGCCUUAGGCCGCAAUGAAGCAUUUACACUAAAGGUGUAUGUUCUAAUCAAUUAUCAAUUAUUCUUUCAGUUAAUGGACAAAUUAUGUGGUCAGAAAACAGACACAUUUGCCAGAACCCUGUUUUUUCAAACCAACAGUUCAAAACACAAAUUUCUUUUUCUCCUGAUGAACCAAAUUAACUGAGCAAGUAUUUCCCAGACUGAUGAAUUCCUCUGCUUUUAGAUGUGUGCUGCUGUUAAGUACUGUUAUGGCACAAAAAUGCUCUGUGCAGUCAUUAUCACUGUAACGUUUGAACUCUGAGGGAAAAGACAGGUUCACACUGCCACAGAUAUAUGCAGCUGCAACAACUACAGGUAAAGCUUCUGACCUUGACGUGCAUGUUUCAUUUCAAUUCCAGCAGCAGCCUACAGGUAGAUCCUGAACAUGUGUCUUCUUUCCCCUUCCUCCACUGCCCUGUUAUGACAGUGCAACAAAGACGCCAGCAUGUUUGAUUUUCUUGUCUGUCCAGGAAAAAUCCUGCUUCCUCAUCACUUCCUCAUAAAUGUCUAAACAGCAGUUUGCCUUUAUAACCCACAGAAGGAGACUGCAGAAUGCAAGAAUACUUUUUAAUUGUAUCGGUUACACCUUUAUUUUUCCUGCUAGCACAAACAAAAUACAUGCUUCAUUAAAAAAAGACAAAUUUACUAACUCUCCAGACUGGAACCACUGUAGCUCCAAAAAUGCAGGCUCAUCCUUUAGUUAGAACAUCUUGAAACAUGGCUCAAUCACCUCACCCUCAACCCCAACUGGUCACAGCAGAUGACUUAUUCUUCCGAACUAUCAAAAGCGAGUCCCUCCUUCCCACUGUUGCCAAGUGCAUGCUCAUGGGCGUUCAUCUGAUUGUUGGGAUUUUCUCUGUAGGAUCUUUAACUUAUGGUGUAAUAUACUUUGCAGUGACUGUUGCAGGGGUACCAUAUAAAUAAAACUGAGUAAAUUGGAAAUCAGUUUGAAAUUCUAGAAAAUUUACACUGACACAUACAGUGUGUGCUGGAAGGAAUUCUUAGAUAAAGAAGCAUGAAUUCACAGAAAACAUAAGCAACUGAUAAUGGUAGUAAUAACCGUCAAAUUGACUUCUUGGCUAUACUCAAUAUAUUUUUUAUAGGUUUUCACUGCAAGAUUUGACUGAAGAAAACACCUGCGAUGCAUUUUCUAAAGGUGUUGGCGGGUUUUGUUGGCAAAACACUUUCCUUUAUACUGGUUCUCAAGUCAAAAACACAGAUUUUUUACUUUGCUCUCAAGGCUUGCACAGAUUUGCUUUGCUUGGUACCUAAAAUGUGAAAUACACAAUCACUUGACUGUGUAUUUCACAAACACAAUUUUACAAUUAAACAAACCCGAUAUUUAAUUUCACAAGUGUUUCAGGGUGACCUUUAGAAAGUAGAUCGCCACAGUGGACCAGGGGGUAACCUAUGAAAAGGCAAAAACUGCAGUUCCUCUAAUGAUCACUUGAGGCUGGUCCCAAAAGUGAGUCAGUCCUCACAGACACUGAUAUUAAAAAUGUCCAACUUAAAAAACAAAAACAAAACCCAAAGCAAAACAAACUUAACAUUUACAAAAAAUGUUACUCUCUGCAGCCAGUCUUUUAUAUGCAAGACAGCUGGAUAUCUGCUUAAUUUAUUUAUAACUCAGCUGUUAAUGUUUCAUUUUUUUUAACUGAUGUAUUUUCUAAGAUGUGGUCACUUUAAUUGACAGAUGCACAAACACAGGGAUGUGUAGCCAAUUAUUUGGUAGGCCUUGCUUAUGGUGAUUAGGCCAGUACUAAAUCCAUCACAUGAUGGCACAGACCAUCCAAGAAGCAUCAUUUUCAGUUCUAAUAGCUGUUAUA